AUGGCCCGCUAUUUGAACGAACCUGCACACCGAAGGGCCGGCGAGAAGGGAACUUUAGAGGACAAAAUGCUAAAAGCAUUUUGUCUAAUGUACAUCUUACCGGCUAAUUGUCGGCAAGAUGCUUCAAGCAACUUUGUCUCAAAAACAUCUGACCGGCCGGCAAAAUUGGAAAUAAUUGUCGACAAAAUGCUUCAGGCAUCUAACGAGAUUGUUGUUUCUCGUAUCCUUCCGGCAAUUUCAAACAUACAUGUUGACGCAACUGUGGAUUUGAAUUCAUUUGAGAAUUAA